AUUGUUGCGCUGUUGGCCACCCGGAACUCUCUUUGGUUUGCUUGCGACUUCAGGAGAGCGGAGCCCAGGUUGAGGAUCGCGGCCAGGAUGGCUCUGCGCUCUGCGCCCUUCCUGCUCCUGGUAUUGGUGGCGGUCGCCCUCCGGGAGAGCUGCUUCGGCGCCUCCUCCCACUCCCUGAAGUAUUUCUACACCAGCAUCUCAGAGCCCAGUCAAGGGCAGCCCAAAUAUGUCGCUAUGGGGUACGUGGACGAUCAGAUCUUUGUUCACUAUGACAGCAACAGCCGGAGGAUGAAGCCUCGAGUUUCCUGGAUGGAGAAGGUGGGGAAGGAGAACCCCCAGUACUGGGACAGAGAGAGUCAGACACAAUGGGGCCAAGAGGAGGUGUUCAGGUAUGACCUGGAGAACCUGAGGAGUCACUACAACCAGAGCGAAGGCCUUCACACAUGGCAGAGGAUGUGUGGCUGUGAGCUCCGGAGAGACGGGAGCAAAGUAGGGUUUAACCAACUUGCCUACGAAGGGAAGACCUUCAUCACCUUCGACAAGGAGACCCUCACCUGGGUGGCUUCUGAACCCCUGGCCCAGAUGACCCAGAGGAAAUGGAACGCCAUUCCAGGAGAGAAGGAGGAAAGGAGGGCCUACCUGGAGAAAAUCUGCAUUGAGUGGCUGGAGAAGUACCUGUCCUAUGGGAAGGAGACACUGCUGAGGACAGAGACUCCAAAGGUGACGAUGAGCAGCAGGACGGAGGUGGAGGAUGGGAUGGAGAUGCACGUCUGCCAAGUCCAUGGCUUCUACCCCAGGGAAAUUGAUGCCUCCUGGAAGAGGGACGGGGAGGUCUGGCUGCAGGACACCCAUCAUGCGUCUGUGGCCCCCAACGCGGAUGGGACCUACCACUACUGGCUCAGCAUCCGGAUCGAUCCCAAAGAGAGAGACCGCUAUCGGUGCCAUGUGGAGCAUGACGGCCUGCAGGAUCCUCUGGACUUGGAGCUGAAGGAACCAACCAAUUCAAAAUCCAACCUGGGGCUCAUCAUCGGCUGCAUUGUGGCUGCUCUUGUCCUGGUGGGUGUGAUUGCUGGGAUCCUGGUAUUCUUCAAAAAACGUCAAGAUGACUACAAUGCAGCACCAACAAGUGAAAGAGGAGCCAACAGUUCAGACCAGGAGGAUCCAGACAAGGCAGAGAUUCACUCAGCGUCUUUCUCUCCAAUGCAGGAAGCAACCAGGUCAUUUAGCUGCCCCCUCCCAGGAAUGGACAUUCCCAGCAUGAGGAGAGAGGAGAGAAGAUGGGAUCAGCCUUCUUCUGAAUUAGGCCGGACUCUCAGGAAGAGCCCUUCAGGGCCUUCCAACAUGCUGGAACCAGGAUAGAUUUUGGGUCUUUCGUGAUUGUUUUUAUCAUCGAAUGAGUAACCGUUUUUAUUUUAAUUGAGGAAUAGAGACAGAAAGAAAAUCUUAUGUACUUAUAAUCAUGUGAUCAAAAGGACUCAGCUUGGGUUUAGUAGAUAUUCUUUAUUUAUUUGUAUCCUGCCGAAGGUAUCAAAGAUACCCAACACACCUUCCUCCCUCUAUUUUCCCCACAACGACAACCCUGUGAGGUGAGCUGGGUUGAGAGGGAGUGACUGGCCCAAGGUCACCCUGCUGGCUUUCAUGGCCGACACAGGACUUGAACUCACAGUCACUUUCUAGCCUGGCGCCUUCACCACUAGACCAAACUGGUUUGUGUGGCUUGUAAUAGCUCUGUAAUAGAGCUUGUAGCAGCUACGUUGUUAUUUCUGAUGACCUUUAAGGGGCUCCUACUGAUAAAACAGAUUGUAGAGAAAGGUUUGGAGCUGAUGAGGUGAGGAAUAGGAUGAAGAGUUGCUGGUUUUAUUUUAAGGGAGAGCGAGAAACUGUUAAUCUUCAUCACACUUGCUUGGGAUGAAAGGGAACAUUUUUUCCCAUCUUUAUUUUUUUCCUAUUUGUUGUGUAAUAGAUAGUGUGUAAUGCAGGACUGUCAAACUGGCUUCCUGCAGACUGGAUACGUCACGCGCAGGCCACGCCCACCCCGGCUCCAGAGAGUUCAAAAUGAUGGAUAGAUAGAUGAUAGAUAAAUGAUAGAUGAUAGAGAUAGAUGAUAAGAUAGAUAGAGAGAGAGAGAGAGAGAGAGAGAGUGAUGGAUAGAUAGAUAAAGAUAGAUAAUGAUAGAUAGAUAGAUAGAUAGAUAGAUAGAUAGACAGACAGACAAAUAGAUAUUGAUAGAUAGAUAGAUGAUAGAUAGAUAAAUGAUAGAUAGAUAAAUGAUAGAUAGAAAUAGAAUAACAGAGUUGGAAGGGACCUUGGAGGUCUUCUAGUCCAACCCCCUGCUUAAGCAGGAAACCCUACACCACUUCAGACAAAUGGCUAUCCAACAUCUUCUUAAAAACUUUCAGUGUUGGAGCAUUCACAACUAGAGAUAGAUAGAUGAUAGCUAGCUAGCUAGAUACAUUUUUCUGGAUGGAUUCCCACCAGCAGAAAAAGAGGCUGAACCCCCCCACAUCCCAGAAGGGUCUCACCGUGGCACAUCUGCUGCAGAGCAAUUGCCUCCAAUAUUAAGACGCCACAAGGGCGCAGAGCACAGAGCCAUCCUGUCUGUAAACCUCAACCUGCGCUCCGUAUUCCUGGAGUCACAGGCAAAGCCAGAGACGCCCCUGCUGAUCAACAGUGCAACAAUCCAGAGCUAGCUGGCAAUUAGCCAAGCUCAACUAGUAGGGGAAAAUAAACAUUUCCAGGACGUCUCUGUUGCUAGGCAGACAAUCGGGCAAAACCUGUGAGAGGAGCUGGAAAAGGGAAGUGAAAGUUUCAUCUGGGUCAGCAUUCAAGAAUCUCUCUUUGCAAGAAUUCCUUGCCGUGGAGGAGGGGCAGAACUGCGGGGGGUCAAAAGAGUCAGAGAGUUAUCUGUUUGCAGGGGGACGGAGCGUCCCUUUCAGAUCCUGCCCAGAUUGCACAGUUGAGGAUCAGGUGAGGAUCAGGUGAUGGAGGUCAGGAACCCCAAAUGAUCUUUGCUCUGGAUGAAAACGGGCAUUUGGGGGGGGGGACUUCAAAGUGAAGGCCUGCCUUUUUAUAGAAUUGAUGAUGAUGCUUUUAUACUUCCCAUAAUAAGCAGAAUAUGAGUUAGAGCCAGUGGGUUUUUUUCCGGGGGGGGUUUGAACCAUCUCCUGCUGUAGUCAGCCUUCCAGUAAGAAUGUACAGAAUAAGAAUUAGGCCCUGCCUAUGGGGAAGAGGCUCUGGUUUUGUAUUUUCACUGAUAAAGAAGACUGAGGCCAUUAGAGCAGGGGUUUCCAACCUUGGCAACUUUAAGGCUUGUGGACUUCAACUCCCAGAGAUCCUCAGCCAGCUUUGCUGGCUGAGGAACUCUGGGAGUUAAAGUCCAUAAGCCUUAAAGUUGCCAAGGUUGGAAACCCCUGCAUUAGGGGAGCUUUCCCAUUGUUGACUAGGUGACUCAGUGGCUAAGACACUGAGCUUGUUGAUCAGAAAGGUCAGCGGUUUGAAUCCCUACAAUAAGUCUCCUGCGUGAGCAGGGGGUUGGACUGGAUGACCUCCAAGGUCCCUUGCAACUCUGUUUACUGUUACUGGUGAGUCUCUAGAAACUGGGCAUGUGAAGCAAAGAAAUAUCGGAGAAGGAAUCACAUCUCAAUACAGAAGAUUCUCAAGCUUUUCUGGUUUAAUCAGAGCAAUCGGUCCUAAACAAUUAUUAGAACAGCUGAGAAUUAUUUCAUUCUCAGCUUAGUCCAAAUUAAUUCCAAAAACAAAUCCUACAGGAAAAGUGUUGUACCAGUGAUUGCAUGACUUCUGUAGAUGCCAUACGCUAAAUAAAAAGAAAUAAAACCACAA